AUGAUGAACAUGAUCGAGGACAUGUCGUGGGACAUCACGUCGGACACGAUCCAGGAGGUGGACCACAGCUUCCUCAACCUCUGCCACAUCAUCCUCCACAGUUUCCCCGACCUCAUCCUCGGGGGCAGUUCCAGCCUCUGCCGCUUCACGCUCGCCGGCGGCACCGUCGCGAUACAACUUCUUCUGGACCGACUCUCGUGGAAGGGUUAUGACCCUCCAAAGUCAUCUUAUGGCCCUCCUCAGAAGGGUUACGACCCUCCAAAGUCAUCUUAUGGCCCUCCUCAGAAAGACCAUAGCCCUCCAAAGUCAUAUGGACCGCCGCAAAAGGGAUAUGACCCUCCAAAGUCCUCUUACGGACCUCCAAAAUCAUCAUAUGGCCCACCGCAAAAGGGGUAUGACCCUCCAAAGUCAUCGUAUGGCCCACCUCAGAAGGGCCACAGCCCUCCAAAGUCAUCGUAUGGCCCACCUCAGAAGGGUUAUGACCCACCAAAGUCAUCGUACGGGCCUCCUAAAUCAUCGUAUGGCCCGCCCCAGAAAGGAUACGAUCCCCCUAAGUCGUCGUAUGGUCCGCCGCAAAAGGGGCAUGACCCUCCAAAGUCAUCGUAUGGCCCACCUCAAAAGGGCCAUAGCCCUCCAAAGUCAUCGUACGGCCCGCCCCAGAAAGGAUAUGAUUCUCCUAAAUCGUCAUAUGGCCCUCCUAAAUCUUCUUACGGUCCUCCUCAGAUGGGGUAUGGUCCUCCACAAAAAGGAUAUGAUCCUCCCAAAGCUUCUUAUGGCCCUCCUAAAUCUUCUUAUGGUCCUCCUCAAAAGGGAUAUGGUCCUCCGCAAAAAGGAUACGGUCCUCCUCAGAAGGGGUAUGGUCCUCCUCCAAAAGGAUACGGUCCUCCACAAAAAGGAUAUGAUCCUCCCAAAGCUUCUUAUGGUCCUCCUAAAUCUUCUUAUGGUCCUCCUCAAAAAGGAUAUGGUCCUCCUCAGAAGGGAUAUGAUCCUCCGAAAUCCUCUUAUGGGCCCCCACAAAAGGGAUAUGGUCCUCCACAAAAGGGAUAUGGCCCUCCACAAAAGGGGUAUGGUCCUCCACCACAUGGCUAUGGCAGACAAGACGCUCCAUUUCCACCAUUUCACGGAAAUGGUCCGCCAUUCCACGGAAAUGGCCCACCAUUCCACGGAAAUGGUCCAUCGGGUCCACCAUUCCACGGAAAUCGUCCACCAUUCCACGGAAGCGCCCAGCCUCACCCUCCCUUUCACAGACCACCAAUCCCGCCGUUUCUGUCUCACGGCCAUAGACGCAGUGACCCCAGUGACGUCACCAGAGAGCAAUCAGCUGACGAGGGAGACUGGGGCAGCCUGCUGAGUAAACACCCCUCCCUGUAUGGUGACGGUAGACCAGAUGGUCAUAAACUAGAAGUGAAAAUAGUGAGUGACGACUAUGGAAAUGACGUAGAACAUGUGAGGCUUUUCACGAAAACGAGCUACACAUAGUGAUCAUGACCACGUUUUGACUUCAGAAAGGUGGUUUUGGAUACUUUUGACUUUUAAGUGUGUCUGUGUGAGUGGGGAGGAGGAAGGGGGCUCUCCAAAAGUGUUAUUUAACUCCAAUGCUGGCUCGGGGCGUGCUUGUGCCCCAGGACUCCAUCUAGACAUUUAAUUUCAUUAGGUAGGUGCACUAUUUUUGUUGGCCUCUUGCGGCAUUCGACAAAGCACCAUCAUACCCACUAUGUAGAUCGCGUCAUCCGCCAAUGCUUGCUACCGUCCGCUGUUUGAGAAUAAGCUGUAAAUGAAAAUGAUUUUUUUUUAUUUUACUGGCCCGCUUGGAUGAGUACCCGUGUAUGGAAGGAACCUAAGUAGGCAUCUAGGUAUUAGGCUAUUCGUAAGCAUGACGUGAUACCUAAUACAUUUACAAUUGGUAGAUGAAUGUAAAUAUCUAGGUAUGUGAGUGUGUCUCAAGGUUCUUCUU